AUGGAUCAUCACAAUUCUAAAGGACACUCGACGGAAAUGCAAGAUGUUAUCCUCAAAUGGUUGACAUUUCUUUUGUGCAAGAAAGCAGAGAAGAGGAAGAUACUGCUGUGUUACCACUCCCGUGACGAGGGGAAUAUCAAAAGGUUCCUGAAGAGCUUACAUAGCAUCAAAGCUGACGUCACUUGCAGAAAUGAGAGGACGGAGAAAGACGAUGAAUAUAACAAUUUUAGCAAUGGGAUCGUUCUCAUGUGUUUGUCAAAAGAAUACGCAAUAAGCCAGGAACAAGAACAAGACUAUCAGCUAGCAUCAUCUCGGCAAAAUGAACUUGCUCUGAUAACCUUUGACCCAUUGAUAGCACAAUGGCAGAACACCCAGAAUAACUUACUGGUCUUUGAUGACGUAGACCGCCCAUCAGUAUUUACUCUUCGAAGAAACCAAAAAGGGCAUGAAAAGUACAUUUACAUCAGUAACCAUCCCAGAAAUGCUACAGAAGCCAAGACAGUUUGCGAGAUUUUACAGAAAUGUGGUGUCAAGUGUUCCAUCAGUAAUUACUACUCAAUCUCGGAUAUCAAUAAGGAAGUGUUGCAACGAGUGACCGAGGAAAUCAACAUUGCAACAAAUCAUCUCGUGAUAUUGUCACGUGACUAUUUGGAUGAUGAAUUCUGCCAGUUUGAACGAACAUUAAUUCGAAACACGGGGAAACGAUUCAUAGCCUAUAAUUUAAAUGUAAACAUGUCCGAUUUAAAUUCACAAGACAUGGCGUGGAUUUUACCCCAUGAGGAGGACAAAAUAAUCAUGGAAAGGACUUUAAAUCACGCUUUUCAAAUUUCAGAAAGAGUAAAGAAAGAAAUUGUGCUAAUAAGCUCGACAGACAGACAUUGGGCAGAAAGAUGUCGGGAACAAUUGAAGCAUACCAAGUACAAACAUUACACAGUUUAUUUUACAUCGGACUGGGAUAAGAACCAAACGUUUGACCUUAUCGCUGAAUGCAGAAUCUUUGUCGCAUGUUUCUCCAAAUCCUACUUUGAAGAUGCUACUCGCAGGAAAGAAAUUGAACUCGCGGCUACUCUUUGGAAAAGAAUUCUACCUGUAGAGCAAGACGAGAACUCCAUAUCAAACAGGCCAGAAUGGCUAGUUAGGAUCGUGGGACAUCAAAGGUAUCCCCAGAACCUCGAAAACUACUUCGAGGAUUCAGCCGGAGUGGAUGAAAUUAACAGGGGUAUGGAGAAUUGGAUUCGAAAUAAAAUUACAAUACCACGCAAAUCAUUUAUGCAAACUAAACUUCCAUCUUUAAAUGGAGAUCAUACUAUGACAGAUGCCUAUGGAAGCGUUGAAGUUUUUGCAGAAGGGGGACUGGAACAUUAUGUUGCUCAAUACGUUCGCCUCAGCACCACAACCCAAUUGAACGUUCUUUCCUCACUCCUAAUGAAACGAUGGGGUCUAAAGAGACCCCGGCUUUUGAUUUCUAUAACAGGCGAAGGAUUAGAAAUUUUGAACGACCCUAGAAAGACUAGAUUCUUCACAUCUGCAUUAGAAAAUAUUGUAAGAGAAAAAGGAGUGUGGUUUACAACAGAUGGCGCCACUUCCGAAAUUUCAAAGGUUAUUGGACAAGUUGUUGAAAAGGAACACGUAAAUACGCGUCCAACUGUGAUAGGAAUUGCAUCAUGGGAAUUCCUGAAAAUGAACCGAACGUUACUUGUUAAAAACGGUUUUGGUAGGUGGCCAGCACAGUACAAUACACGUGAGGCAGCGACAGCUCCGGGAGACUACCAUCUUAACCCGUUCUGCACUCAUUUUCUGUUGCCCGAGAAAAGUGUGGAGAAUGUUAAUGGAUCCAGCUAUAUGGUCUCCACUGCCAGACUCAGAGCAAAUCUAGAGGAGUACAUUCGACGUGGAAGAUUUGAAAUAAACAAAUCAGAGGAGGACGAUUCGGUAGAGGUUCCUUCCGUUCUCUUGGUUGUGGAAGGGGACCAAUAUCAAUCUGUCAGCAUGAUUAGAAGAUCUUUAGAUGUCGGCAGACAUGUCAUAGUCUUAAAGGGAACUGGAGGACUUGCCGAUAUCCUUGCAUCUAUCACAGAACAUCAAAUCAGAACGCAGGACAGCAAGCUGAUGGAGAUAGUAAAUCAUCAAAACAACAAAUGCCUGAUAUUCGUGGAUCUAAAUGAUGAAACCUGUGAAUUUGAUAUGGUGCUUAUAGAAGUACUCCUUCGAGAUGUUAUGGAAUCAAAUGAGAAGAAACUGCGAUUGACGAUGGCGUUUAACAGUAGUGAAAAAGCAAAGGAACACGUUUUUGCCAAAAACAAACCUAAUUUAACGGAUGCUUUCAAAAACCAGCUUAUGAUUCGUGCAAUGAAAGAUGGAAAGAAGGAUUUUGUAAGACUUUUAAUCAAAGAGUGUGUUGAUAUCAACAAAUUUACGAGAGAGAAUUACCACAAACUGUUUCAGGAGGACGAUAUUCCAGAGGAACUCAAGAGACAGUUGGGUUGGGAUGUGGAACCCACAGUGGAGAAUGUCAUGAGGUUCGUGGUCCGAAUCCUGCAGAUAGAUGUUUUUAUGAGUUAUGAUCUUGGCAAUAGAAAAGAUCCUGUAAGAGCUAUGACCUUCACCAAUGAAGGACUUAUUGAUACGUUGAAACAUAUGGAAUCUUCGGAUAGUCAGUCUGAUCCUUACUUCUAUCUCCUUGUGUGGUCCAUACUGAUGAUGAAUCUCCAAGACCUAGCCAAAUUUUUCUGGCAACACUGCAAGGAGCCCUUACCCUCGGCAUUGAUAGCAUGUGGAAUCUAUAGAGCCAUGAGGAAGAAAUGUCAGUCUGCAAAUAAGCUGUUGGCAGACAGACUCCUUGAAUCAGAACUGGAGUUCCAAUCGUUGGCCUGCGGAGUCCUUACUCAGUUCUAUAAAGAUAAUCCAGAUGAAACAGAGCGCAUGUUGACCAGAAAACGCCCCCGAUGGCGAAACUUGACCUGUUUAGAAAUAGCUUACAAAAUGAAAGUCCAUUCCUUUAUGUCACAUGAAGCCUGUAAAAUUCCUAUUAACAGAGUCUGGUAUAAACAAAUCUCACCGGACAACAGUGCUUUACAGUUGACUAUAUCGGUGUUCUUUCUUGGUCUGUUUCCUUUUGUACUCAAAUUUGCAAAGUCAAACUCUGUGAAAAAGGAUGAUGCCAAUUGUAUGACCAGAGUAUGGAAACGUAUUUAUAAUUUUUAUACUGCCCCGAUUAUGCGAUUUUCUCACACAAUGGCAUCCUACAUGAUAUUCCUGGCGUUCUUUAGCUAUUCUCUUCUGACUGGUUUUGGGGAUACUGUAACAUGGGUCGAAAUUCUGAUGUACUGCUGGGUCUUCAGUUUGAUGCUGGAUGAAGUUCGAGAGCUUGUGUAUGGGCUGGCGGACUUCAAGAAACAACUGGGUGAAAAAUACAUCUCAGAGCGACCGUAUUUGGUACAAAUCUACUUUCAAGACAAGUGGAACUACUUCGAUUUGACAAUUCUUUGCUUCUUCACCAUUGGUGCAAUUUUGGAUGUGCUUGGAUACUAUGAGACUAUGGAAGUGGGACGUGUUUUCCUUGCAAUUAGUCUUAUAGCAUUUUUCAUGCGCAUUUUGAAGACAUUCUCUGCACUUGAGGAGUUAGGACCUAAAGUUUGGAUGAUUGCUUCCAUGGCCAAGGACCUGCUCUACUUUGUUAUUAUACUGAUGUUAUUUGUCAUAUCAUAUGCCGUGGCAGCAUACUCCAUUAUGUAUCCACGGUCAGAACUAAGUUUUGAUCUCGUUUUUAAUGUUAUGCGUCUCGGAUACUGGAAUCUCUACGGAGAAUUGCUUCUAGAAGAUAUUGAAGCGGAAGAACCUGACUGUUCCUUUAACGCAACGGUGUACAAUGCAGGGACUCUACCAAGAUGUGCCGUAAAACACCGAAGAAUCAUUGGUCUGAUUAUGAUGGGGAUCUACUUGAUAUUCGCCAAUGUUAUGCUACUUAAUAUUCUUAUAGCUAUGUUUACCGAUACUUAUCAAAGAAUUCAGGAAAAAAGGGACAAUAAGUGGAAUUACGAAAGAUACGCUUUGGUGCGAGAGUUCCGACGGUAUCCAAUCAUACCAAUGCCACUCGGUGUUCCUGUGUUUAUUUUCUAUGUUUUUAAGGGGAUAUAUAAAAAAUGCAAGCAGUGCAAUACCGUUAGGGAUCAUGAUAAAGAGCUGAUGACUAGCCUUAAACUGAUGGACCUGUACUUUAGCCUAGAGAGAGAGAUGGUUUAUCUGUACAUGAAGAAAAGAAGUGAAGAUGCUAAAGAAUCAGCACUCACUGAGGAAACAAUUGCAAAGGUAGUGGCCAUCCAGGUGGAAAAGAAACUAGCAAGGCUGCAAAGUAACCCCGGGGAUCCUGUAGAUAUGGAAGAAUUGACAGGAACAAUAAUCAAACAACUUACUAGAAAGAAGUAAAGCGAGAAACUAGUAACACAAUGUCUUGGUUACGGAUACAAUAUGUUUUUAUUAACAGUUAUAAAAACGAACAUCGACGAUGCACAUGUCCUUUUCUAGUCAUCAAACAAUGACUCAGUGACAGAGUCUAUUUAGACGAUUUUACAUCAUAACUUAUUUUCUCAUUAGCAUGAAUAUUUUUUAUAUA